AUGGAGCCCGAUCCGAACGCGUUCAAGCGGAGCUCAAUGCAGCAAGCGUUAUAUAGUCGUCCAGUCGAACGGCGUGCCAGCAAGAAAUCCUCAUCCAGGGAUCGACAUGGGAUGGUCUAUCCCGACAGUUUCCGAGAAACAACGAUUCGAACUGUGACGCCAGAGUCGCACUCCCCCGCCAACCACUCCCCCCUAUCCGAACCCGAACCUCUAAGCGGCGGCACCUCGUCCCCUCAAAGCAUCGUGCGAUCACGGCCCACCGAGCCUGAGCGACGUCGGGAGUUCAGCAAACACUCUUCUAGGGGUGGCGAGGAAGAUACACCACCAGAGGGAAGAAGUCAACGGGCGCGAUCACGAACAACGGCGGCGGAGGAACAGCGAAACGAGACCACCCCCAGCUCCUUCAAAAGUCGCACGCGAAUCGGGUCAAUCAACACAGCCAGUCCAUCACAGCCAAAGGUGCCUGAGGAUCCCUCAAGUUCGAUCGGUUUUCCAUCAAUUCAAUCCAGGCAAUACGCCAGCCAGUCGGUCCCGCGCCAGCGAUCAAGCAAAACUGUUACUGGAAUUGCAGACAGCCAAGAUUCGUUCGCGUCGCCUCUUUCGAGCUCCGAAGCCACAAAAAUCCUCCAAUUGAUGAAGACUACAUGUGGGAGAAUGCAUGGAAUCCUGUCCUUUCGGACAGCCUCCACCACUUCGUGGACUUCCGGGUACUGCGCUAUCAAUGUCGCUACUGGAAGUCUGAUCUACCAAGCGAAAGGAGAACCAGCAUUGGCCAAGACACUGAUCCCCGAUUUGCGUGGCUGUCGAGUUCGAACAUUGUUUGAUCCUGAGCUCCAGACUACCUAUCUUAGCGUCCACACAUUUACCUCCGGACUUGGGAUACAACUACGCCCCCACGUGAACGAAACGUUUGAUUCAUGGCUUGCUGCCCUACUUUGCUGGCAACCAAUCCGACCAAAGGGUGUACAAAACAAAAUGACAAAGCCUCAAGAGGUCGUCAUUGGGGACCGCCGUAUCCCCGAACGUCGACGCAACUCGGAAAGCGCAGCACAAAGGGACGCAACUAUUAUCAAAGUUGGCAAGAUGCUCCUAUGGGAUAAACCAUCUGCUUCGGGAGCAAUGCCGGUAUCUGGACGCCGGGUGUCUACGUAUCGACAGUCAAGGGCUCUGUCUUCCUCGUGGCAGAAGGUGAGUUGCACGCUACAAGAGAACGGGUUCUUCAAACUUUACACUGAGACCGAUGUGUCCCUCUUGGCAUGCGUUCAACUAUCUCAAUUGUCUCGCUGUGCUAUCCAGCAGCUGAACCCGUCCGUUCUUGAUGAUGAAUUCUGUAUUGCUAUUUACCCACAGUAUGCGGCACACCCCGUACCCGACUCGAAUGUUCGUCCUAUAUACCUCGCCCUGGAAAGUCGCGUACUCUUCGAGGUGUGGUUUGUCCUUCUACGCGCCUUCACAAUUCCAGAACUCUAUGGCCCUGCAUCUAAAACCGAAGAUCCCAACAAGACACCAGAAGCCGAUGCCACCGUGACGCCCGUACUCAAAGACAUGUUCCGGAUUGAACGAUUCUUAAAUUUGAAGAUCGUCGAGGCCAAGCUAUUUCGCGCCAAAGAGGAUACCCCGCGAAGCCGAAAGGCGUCAAGAUCACAUGGUCAUGGCCAACAAACGCCGACCUCCAAGGUCAGCGACUAUUAUACAGAGGUGCUCCUAGAUGGGGAAAUUCGCGGCAAGACUGCUGUCAAAUAUCGCACCAUGAACCCUUUCUGGCGAGAGGAUUUUCUCUUCAGUGAUCUACCGCCAGUUCUAUCCCAAGCUUCCAUCCUGGUCAAAACCCUCAACCCGACUCAGAAAGAUUGGACACUCAUCGCCCAUGGGACAUACACAUCCAAUCAAGACGUGAACGCCGUGAACAUGUUGGAUGAGAUCGAAAUCUCCGCGAACGACGCCAUCUUCGGUCGGGUAGACAUGCGACUCGAGGAAUUGGAUGCUGGCGUGGAUACUGAAAAGUGGUGGCCAAUCCUGGACGACCAAGACCAAGCAGUGGGUGAGAUGUUCAUGAGAGCUCGAAUGGAGGAAACCGUUGUCUUGAUGUCGGACGAAUACGCACCAAUGUCUGAGCUCCUCCACUCUUUCACCAACGGUCUCACAAUCAACAUGGCUCAAGUGAUGUCGUCAGAGCUAACACAUCUAGCUGAGAUGCUUCUGAACAUCUAUCAAGUCUCGGGGUCAACGGUGGAAUGGAUCUCAGCAUUGGUUGAAGAUGAAAUCGACGGGGUUCACAAAGAAUCCACUACCAACCGACUGAGAUACACAACAAGAAUACACUCCAACAACUCUCAGGAGUCAGGCCAGGAACGUGAAGUUCUCGUCAGAGAUAUGGGAAGGACGGCCACUGUCGAGGCCAACCUUCUAUUCCGUGGAAACUCACUUCUGACUAAGGCCCUGGACCUCCACAUGCGUCGCUUGGGCAAGCAAUAUCUUGAUGACACUAUCGCGGAACGACUACGUGAUAUCGAUGAAAGUGAUCCGGAAUGCGAAGUCGACCCAUCACGUGUUCCACGCCACGAGGAUCUUGAGCGCAACUGGCGAAAUCUUACGGCUCUCACCACCAGUGUGUGGAAGUCUAUCGCUGGGUCUGCAUCGAGGUGUCCGCCAGAAUUGCGUCGUAUCUUCCGGCAUGUCAGGGCUUGUGCAGAUGACCGCUAUGGAGAUUUCUUACGGUCUGUGACAUACAGCAGUGUUUCAGGUUUCUUGUUCUUGCGGUUCUUUUGUCCGGCUAUUUUGAACCCGAAACUCUUCGGGCUUUUGAAAGACCACCCUCGUCCUCGUGCACAGCGCACUCUUACGCUUAUCGCCAAGGCCCUGCAGGGACUGGCUAAUAUGACGACGUUUGGUAACAAGGAACCUUGGAUGGAGCCUAUGAACAAAUUCCUUGUUGGCCAUCGCUCGGACUUCAAAGAAUUCGUCGACUCCAUCUGUGCAAUUCCAGCGGAUCGACCAGCUCCUAUUGUCACACCUUCCUACACCACCCCUAUCCAAAUCCUUGGACGGUUGCCUCCGACGUCGCGCGAGGGUUUCCCCAGCCUUCCGUUCCUUAUCGAUCAUGCUCGAUGCUUUGCAAACUUGAUUCGUGUGUGGCUUGACGUGGCCCCGGCUCGUUUGAAUGAUCUAGGGGAGCUGGAUGUCAACCUUGCCAAGUUCCACAAAACAGCCCUUGAUCUGCGGGCACGUACCGAGGAGUGUCUGAGUCGAGCGGAGCAAGCUGAGCGGCCGAGCGGAAGUCUCGAGAUCAAGUGGGAGGAAUUGGUGGACUCAAUGGAGCGACCUGUUACCUUUUACGACGAACGCUCGAGCCAACCAUCAACCCCUGCAGCAGAUCCAAUGAUGUCCGGUUCCGCGCCGGCCCCAAGCAGCCACCGCAACUCCAUCGGCUACUUCGCUUCGCGGCCUGCGAUCCCCCGCCGUUCCACCGAUUACGCUCCUGAUGCUGACGAAGAUACACCGCCAAGUUCAUCGUCCGCUACAUGGGAUCAAAGCCGCAUUCCAUUCGCCAUCCCGCGUUGGUCUGAUGCACGCGAUAGCACCGGAAGCUCCAAGAACUCCUCAACAUACUCAUUGGAGUACUCCGAAACCUCCAAAGCACGUAGGGCAAGCGUCACCAAGGAAUCAUCCAGCAAGUAUCGCUUCUUCGACUUUGUCCCUGCCCCAUCCCGACGCAAACACAAGGACCGUGACCAGUCUCAAAAUAACAACUCGCAUGAGGAUCUGCGCAAUGAAUCUUAA